AUGUUGGCAGGUAUUAGAACUAGCAGUAUCUUGAUUUCCAGGACUUUUAGUACCAGGUAUGGUCUUAGAGCCACUGAAGGCACCAUGAAGGGGUUCAUUCCAACUUCUACACCUUUAGGAGUUGAGGGAACCGUGGAAAAUAAUAUAAAAUCUGAUACCAAUAGAUUAUCUAAGACAUUGACUAAAUUCUGGGAAAACGUUGAUACUUAUUAUAAUGAACAAAAGAAAGAGUAUGAAGUUCAAUUGGAUGGUAAGACUUUGAAAACCCCUUUGGGAUUUCCUUUAGCUUUACCAGAAAGUAAAAAACAAUUGGCAUAUUUGAUUCAACAUGAAUGGUCAAAUUUGCCAUCUUUAAAGAUUCAAACCAAUUCUUUACCUUUAACUUCAGUUGCCGCUAGAUCCAUAGAUUUAUAUAAUGCCAAUAAGGAUGAAGAAAAUCCUGAUUUAGUAGCUAAAGUUGGAAAUAUCGAAGAUAUCAAACUUAAUCUCUUAAGGUACUUUGAUACUGAUACUUGUCUUAUUUUCACUACUUUAGAUGAAUAUAAUGGAACUUUAAGAGCUAAACAAGAUGAAUUAUACCUUCCAUUGAUUGAAGAAUUUCAAGAUUUCUUCACAGUUUAUGGUAAGAACAAUAAGUUAUUACCUUCAGAAGAUUAUAAAAUCACAUUAAAUUACCUUGAUUGUGAAACUGAUGGAUUAAGAGGUAAUAGACAAAUCAUCACUACACAAAAUGUAGUUUUACAUUGGCUUGAUAAUUUAACUGUUUAUGAAUUAGUAGCAUUGGAAAAAGCUAUUUUAACAUCUAAAUCAUUCUUAUGUGGAUUAGUAUUAUUAAGAUCCAGUGUUGCUGAUGAAUCAAGACAAAAAGAAAUCUUCCAAAUCAAUAAAGAUGGUGACCAUUAUUUCAAAACCAUUGAAGAAAUUGUAGAAUUAGGAAAUUUAGAAACUAUCUUCCAAACCAAACUGUGGGGAGAAGUUGAAGAUACUCAUGAUGUAGAUAAGGUUGAUUGGUUAAGAAAUUUAACUAGUGCUGCCCUUUUAUGUUAUUAA